AAUUUCUGAGUGAUGCAUAAAUUACAUCGCUUGCUUAGAUUUGUAUGCGGUUGUGCUCUGGGGAUAAUUUUCCAUGUAAACUGAAGUUUUAAGAUGGCAACUCAGGUUGUUCAAGGACCCCGUGCUUUAAUUUCUGUUGGUGAUUUUAAGUUCACUAUCGACGCUGAAAGAGCAACGGUUAAAGACCUAUUAGUGGCAGGUUCUGUUGUGACGGUCUCUCUGGGCGCCAUGCUUGGAAUAUACAAGUAUGUUACGUCAAGAGAACCGGAAUUCAGUGCAGCUGUAAAUGAAAGUCUUGGUGGUGAUAGACCAGAUCAACAAAUGGGGGAAAUUGAGCCGGGAAGUCUACAUGUUUUACUGCAUUGCUUCACGGACGAAAGAUUUCUCGAGGUUUUAGAAGAAUAUAAAUCUGGAAAAAUAAAGGAACGUUUAGAGAGAGAAUUCUCAGAUAUCGGAGUAGAAACGGAGGGAUUGGUGGUUGGCAUUGAGAAUAUUGAAGAAGUUGAAGAAAAAGCAGAAGCUGUAAAGAUAAGGAAAUUAAGCCCGCAGAUCAUUGUUCAGGGAGGUGCGUAUAGGCAGCUUUUGUGGGAUGAUAUCAAGGAACCAGAAUUUAUGGGGAUAAUCAAGAGGUCGGCCAAAACAGGAUAUCAUGUUUUGACAGGUGGCGGAACAGCAGUUGAUGCAGUAGAAGCGGCAGUUCGAGUUUUGGAAGAUAGCGAGCUUUUUAAUGCUGGUUACGGAUCAUUUUUAAGCAAUGAAGGUGAAGUUGAAUGUGACGCUAUGAUCAUGGAUGGAAACACGUUAAAUAGCGGAUCAGUGACCUCUGGAGGCCACUUCCGUAAUCCUGUUUCACUUGCCAAACUAAUCAUGAAUGACUCAUACCAUUGUGGCUUGAGUGGUGAGGGAGCACUGAAAUUUGCUAAAGAAAAGGGAUUUCCCGCACUGAAUGACAAAAAACAACUCGUAACCCAGCGAUCCGAAAACGUGCGAAUUUCCUACACGGAUUUUGUUAAAUACGUAGACUGUCGAAUGCGGGGACUACUCGUGGGCGAGGCUGAUGGGGAUUCCUGUUGCGAGACAGCAUCAGCUGUUCCUGGGAAUACCAGUCGUGACACCGCAUCAGCUGUUGCUAAUGAUGACAGUGGUGACACAGUAUCAGCAGUUGCUAGAGAUACCAAUGGUCAUUUCGCUUGCGCGGUAUCAACAGGCGGUGUUGCAGGAAGAUUAAAAGGCCGUGUUAGUGAUGCAUCGAUGGUGGGUUGUGGUGGUUACGCAAAUAAACACGGAGCAGCAACAACAUCUGGACUAGGGGAAUCAAUAAUUAAAAUGACCUUAGCAAGAGAUGUCGUUUACAUGAUGGAGGGUGGACGGAAUGCUCAGGAUUCUGCAAAAGAGUCUUUGGGCAAGAUGAGAAGACAGGUGCAUGAUGUAGGCGGUGUAAUUGCGAUUGAUCAACAUGGACAUUUUGGAAAGGCUUCUACCACUGCUAUGAUGGGUUGGGCCAGCAUCAAGGAAAACACAAUGCAAUUUGGCUUGCGACAAAACGACGUUGGGGAAGAGCAACUUUAAAAGAUCGCAAAAAAACAAUAGCGAUAAAAUAAUAAUAUUGCACUUUUUAUACGAACACUUCUUCCGUGGCAAUGUAAUGCAAAAUUAACUUAUACGGCCAACUAAACUGAUUUAAUAAUCAACAGUAAGCCAACAGGAAUUCAUAUAUUCAAUAAUAUCUUGAUAAUCUAAGUUUGUAUUGUACUGUUUAUACUGGACGCGAGGCGAAUUUUUCUGUUCGGAGAAGAAAAACCAAUCCUUGAAAGAAAUUUUGACAACCAUCGGAAUUAGAGCUAAAUGUACAAUAUUUUCGUAAUUAUCUAAAAAAUCAUAAACUGAUUGAACUUAUUUUCUUUUGAAAACUGAAAAAAAUCGUAAAAUCGCCUUGCGUUGGUGGAUUGCGUCCAUUGUGUGUCGGCCUUAUAUAAGGCACACACUACAAGUGGUUUGAGGUAAACGCACUGCGACAUGUUCUGCUAAUGGCAUUAAUACUUUACUCUUUAAUUGUCUCAAUUAAAACUUUUUUGAACAUUGUUGUAUCAAACACAUUUAAACACAUAU